AAAUCACCGCGCAUGCGUAAGAGUCGAGACGGAUUUAAAUAUAGAAUCGUCGCCGGAAUCUGCGGUAACUAUUUCGAUGUCAAUGCAAACGGCAGAUUCACCGAUUUAUAUAAACGCGAAUUUGCUAUAACAGUUUAAUAUUCAGUGCUUUAUUGAUAAAUCAAUGUGUAUGCGUUAUUAGUGAAGUGACCUUUUGUGACGAUGAAGAGAGUUUGUCCGCUUCAAAGUCAAGCUCAUGAAUGAAAAGAGUUGUAUGUGUAAAUAAUUAAAGAUGCGUUUACUACUGCUAUUUGGUCUACUUUCUAUAUGGAAUCAAGAUGCUGCUAUAGCAAGUGUGCACAUAACGGAACUUCGAGUGGAAGCACACAUAGCGGAGGGUGCAACCGCCUUGCUCGGAUGCAAGUUCAACAUGGAGGACGACAGCCUCUACUCUCUCAAAUGGUAUAAGGACGGGAGCGAGUUCUAUCGCUACGCACCAAAGGCUAAACGCCCCACCAUGACCUUCUACGUUCCUGGUGUAAACAUUGAUCUAACCCGGUCGUCUACGAAUUUUGUGACUCUGAAACACUUCACGAGAGAGUCCGCCGGGGUGUACAGCUGUGAAGUGUACGGAGAAGGGCCAAAUUUCACAAUGGACCGUCGUCAGAAAUACGUUUCAGUCGAUCUUUUGCCGAAAAAUGGGCCCAUGAUCGUUGGCCUUGAGAAAGAAUACCGACAUGGCAGUAAAAUGGACGUGAACUGCACUACCGGUCCUUCAAGACCUGAAGCCCAACUAGCUUGGUUCAUCAACGGCCAUCCGGCGCCACAGAACUAUCUUCAGGGGCCUAUGCUCGUGAUUCCGACUAGUCAUCCUUAUUCCUAUCAAACGAAACUAAAUCUACGCUUCAUCGUCUAUCAAAGUCACUUUUUGCAUGGAGUACUUAUUAUAAAGUGUCAAGCGACAAUACCACCGCUAUAUCACAAUGUAACGUCCUACUCCUUCUAUGACCAUAAGUCUUACGAAAGACCAAUGGUAACAUUUCGACCGCCUGUAACAAACGAGCCAGAUUGCGCUACCACGACGUUACAAAGUUCGAUCCUCUAUUUGACCAUACAGGUGAUUCUAUACUUUCUAGUAUUUUAAGAUAAUAUGUAGGUAAUUUUAAUAUAAAACCAUCAAUGUAUACAUUUAUUUGUAAUAAUUUGUACCUACGGAUGUAAUUUUUAUUUUAACAUGCCAUUUAUUUUUAAUUGUGUAUUAAUAUUUGCGCUUGCACUCUUGAAGUUAUCUUUCGAUAUUAUAUUGGUCGUCCAUCCUACACUAAUUUACGAAUUUUAAGUGCCGUAGAGUGGGACAGCGCACCACUAAAUUCAGAAUUAAUCGAUUAGCCAUUUUAGGAGUGCAGCCCGCACUGGUUCCGUCUUAAUGCGAUACCAUUACGAUGUUGAGAAGGUGUAUUAUGCAGUUAGCAUUUUGUACAAAAUUGCAAGGUAGCGUGAGUGUCAUUUUAAGCCAUUAAUGGGUCAUUAUACGAAAUGGGUUUUUUUAAAUCACAAAAAUUAAAGUGAGGAUUUUUUGGGUUUCAAACAUUUAUUUUUUUCAAAAUAUAAUCAAAUACCAUUAUCACAACAGAAAACAGAAUUUUCAUUACGUUUCAUACGUAAUAACAUGAAAAAUCAUUUUUUAAGUCUCACAGAAUUGACGCACGUUUUCACUGAAAUGAUCUAAGUGAUCAUAACUUAAGAAUUAAUACAGUUAUGAUAAUAAUAAAUGUUCUACCGAAAACCAUUAAACCAAGAUAACAUAAAUUAUGAAACAUUAUUUUGAUCAAUAAUUUUAAAAGACAAUAAAAAAAAUCAAACAUUCAUGUCCACGGAAAUGAUAUUUAGUAGGAACGUCAUUUCUGUGAUACUAAAUUAUAAGAAUCACUGAAGUCAUCAUAUGAUAAACUCUCUUAUUGUAAUGUUCUGGGUAUAUUCAACAACCAAAAAAAUUACCCUGUUUUGUCUCAGAGGCCUAAUUUUGUUUUACCUAUCAGAAUAAAUUUCAUCGACACGUAAUUUAGAGCAUAAUGGUAUAGGGGGCUCAUUUUCUGUGUUGCAUGUAAUAAUUGUAUUGGUGAUAACAUUUUUUCUAGCCUAAAAUGACGACAAGUGAUGUCUGAAUGACAUUCCAAACAACUAAGUCGCCUGGCUUGAAGAUAAUCUGGGUUUUCUUUUGCCCAAGCAAUUUGAUGAAUUUUCAUCGUGCCUUGAUAGGUUUUGUAAAGCUUUUCUGAAAAAGAAGAUGUUUUCUAUUGGCUUAAUAAUACAUAUAUCAUUUAUUGGCACUAACCUAACCAAGAGGUCAUUUUUUUCCAAAAGUGAUUUUCCAUUUUUUUCAAAAAAUAAUAUCAAUGUUUGAUGGUCUGGAAUGUCAUUCCCCAAAACCAGUCGUCGAUCAUUGUCUUUUUAAGUAGCCACCUACACCGUCUGGGGUCCUUUUCCAUGACCAGACUCUGAAUAAUGCCAUACAAAAGUGUUUGUAUUAAACACCGAAAAAAUACAAGUUCUGUGAACAACAAGUUCACAGUAAUGACGAUCACGGGAUUGACGAAUCAUUUUUAAAAUCAUGCUACGUCGUGGUUUUAAAAGUUACAUAUUAAUUUAUAACUACAACCAAAAUAAGUCCCCAUGGCAUUAAUUAUGAGCUAUGGUGGCAAAGUAAAUACGUUACUACAUACCAAAAAAAUCCCUAACCGAAUUGACGGGCCAAACUUUAUUAGAAACGUAUAUUACAUAUAUUUUUUUAACAAAACUUCACACUACAUCACCUCCUUGUUGGUUAGCACACACAACUGAACUAACAGCAAAAAGCAGUGUAACCAGGUAAUAAGAGCAGUAAUUCAGUUCUCAAAAAUUUUUGUUGGGUGAAAAUAGUAGUUCACGGUAUUGAUUUAAAUUUUUAUAACACCUGUAUAAUGGCUAUAAAUUUUAAUAUAUUAAUAAGAAAAAAUAAACUUCUAUGUUCUAAUGUUUAUUGGGAUGUGUGAAAACAUAUACUGUGAGUUCGUUUUAAUUCAAGUGUGUAAUAUAACUUUUUUGCCAGCUUUUCAGACGAAAAAUGUGUUUAGAACAGUUCACGGAGUAUGAACACGCUUCUGUUUUGAUUUUUUUUUACAAAUUAGCAGAUAAGGUAUGGUUGAAUUUGUUAUGUUUUUGGUAAAUAGUCACGAUAAUGUACUAAAUAGAUUCUUAUAAAUAGUUAAACAUCACCAAAGAACAGUUUUUUUUGUACUUCGUAUAAUGACCUUAAUAAAAUCUACAUUAUUGUGACAUUUCUCUUUUGAUAAUAAUUAAUAAUUUUAAUAAAUUAAUAAUUAAUAAACUAUUCUGUAAACUUUUUAUCAUUUAGGACUUUAAUGUAUUUAAUAUAUUUAAAUUAGUUGAGUUUUGAAAUGCAUUUAGUUUAAACACUUAUUUUUAUAGUAAGUACAAACAGACACAGACCAAUUUAUAUAGAUCUGGCUCCACAAAUUACUUUUAACUUUAUUAUGAUUUACGCAGGUGUCCCACAAACAUUGCCACAAAGAGGGAAAGUCCUAUAAAUAUUGUAGAUAGAAAUAUUGUAGGCUUUCAGAUUUCAAUUAGAGUUAAUCAGAUGUUUCAAAUAUUUUGGUAAAAAAUAAUAACGCCGAAGCUCCUUUAUUUAUUUACAAGAAAGUUUCAGAUUUUUGGAGAGAAUGUAUGUACGAGUAUGUCCCAUACUAAUUAUACAUAAACUUAUUUUCUUACAACUAUUACAAAGCAAACUUGUUAUUUACUGAACAAUCAUAAUUUUUCCUUGUGACUUAUUGUUGACAUUUUAUCAUUUGGAGUGUGGCCCAUAGACUAAGGAUUUCCUUAUUAAUUUAUAAAGUUUUCUUAAUUUUUAAAAGUGAUUUCGUAAUUCAAACGACUAUUCCAAUUUUAUAUAUAAGAUGUUCUACUGCAUAGAAAACAAAGGUCAAAGGACAUCGGUCAACUACCAUACAUCGUUUUAUUUCAAAUUUAAUUGUUGCGUCUUUCAACAAAUGAUAUAUCAUUAGAUUCUGCGUAAUUUAUUAAGCUUAUAUAUGUAAGAAUCACGACGAAAGAAAGCCGAGGAAAAGUUAUUUUGCUCUGAACAUUUAUUGGUUAUGUUAUUUUGUCAUUUUUAUUACGUAUCUGUAUUACAUUUUUUCAUUACAGAAAUUGAUUUUUUGCACAAAAAUCAUAACAAUUAUACCAAUAUCACAGAUAAAUUCAAACUGUAGUAGAAGCAAUUUGAAACUACAGCAGAACGCCGAUUAUCCGAAUUAAUUGGGAUCGGGGUGGAUUCGGAUAAUCGAAAAUACGGAUAAUCGGACAUAGACUGGUAAUAAAGAAAAACUAACUGUCACACAUGGAAUAAACUUUAUUACGUUUAACAAACAUAGUUGUAUAAUACUAGAUACAUUAAUAGAGGUAGGAGGAGGAGGAGUAGCAAAAAGAAAUCAAAAAUAAGAACAUUAAAAUAUGUAGUGUCUUGCCUCUAGCUUUUAACCAUAACAGUUGAAAUAUAUCUGGGACUCCAGCGAGUUCCAACUUGUUAGAACUAAACAAAACAAAAAUGACUUGGUUUUAAUUUUUUAUAUUACGCUUAGGACCGAUUCGGAUAAUUGGCGACUCGGUUAAUCGGCGUUCGGGUAAUAAUCGGCGUUCUACUGUACUACCAAGCCACCCUACCAUUCAGUAUGGUCGCUCUACAAAGAUCCGGCUAGGUGGGUACCUACUACCGCAGUUACUGUGUUUCGGAAAGAGGAAACUGUAGCUAACGAAAUUAUUGGGUAAGUAUUUGAAGACUUACCAACUAACGUUUCGGGUGACGUUCGCAGGCCAUUGCUGGACAGUAGUAGUAAAGAGGGCAUGGCAUUUGGGCAUCCCAAAAUGUUUUAAAUGUAAAUUUCCACCCGUGCAAAGCCGAGACAGGCCUCUUGUUAUAUUCAACGAAGAUAUUCUAUUAUUGAUCAACAAGUACAAGUAAAUGAAUUGGCUGCUUUAAACCAAUAAGCGCGGAUCUAUCUAUGACUGGGCACACACAACCAAUAGCAUACGCGCUUAGUCAAACGUAUUUUUUUUGUAAUCGAGCCUUGCUUUCUUGUAUUUAAAAAAGAAGUGAGAGUGCUUAUGACCGCACGACUGAAGUGAAACUUCUUUAGCUCCAAUGAUCUGAAAAUCGUAAACUAAACCUGAAGAUUUGUUGAUAGAAAAAAACAAUCCGCACUGGGUCCGUUAUCACCCACCAAUCAGCGCUGGGUCCGUUA